UCGUCAUCACCAUCUUCAUCAUCAUCAUCAUCAUAUGGGAGGAGCAGCUGGCAGCGGACGGACUGGCCGGUGUGUCAGAGUUGGGCCGCAUCGCUCCGUGGCUGCAGAUGAAGCAUGGCAGGCGACAGCGACACAAAGCCAGGUGACAAAGCCCGCAAUGAGAGCUCCAACCGGCAGCCUUUCCUCAUCGGGGUGGCCGGAGGCACAGCCAGCGGCAAGUCUUCGGUGUGUAGCAAAAUCAUGGAGAUGCUGGGGCAGAAUGAGAUUGACCACCACCAGAGGCAAGUGGCCAUCCUCAGCCAGGACAGCUUCUACAGGGUCCUCACCCCAGAGCAGAAGGCCAAAGCACUAAAGGGCCAGUUCAACUUCGACCACCCAGAUGCAUUCGACAACGACCUCAUAAUCACAACUCUGUGGGACAUCAAGGAGGGGAAAACCGUACACAUCCCCGUUUAUGACUUUGUUUCCCAUUCCAGGAAGGAGGAGACAGUGAAGGUUUACCCUGCUGAUGUGGUGCUGUUUGAGGGUAUCCUGAUGUUCUACUCGCAGGAGAUUCGAGACCUUUUCCAAAUGAAGCUGUUUGUGGACACUGAUGCAGACACACGUUUGUCUCGCAGGGUGCUGCGAGAUAUUAGUGAACGUGGUCGGGACCUGGAGAGCGUUCUUGCACAGUACAUCAACCUUGUCAAGCCCGCGUUCGAGGAGUUCUGUCUGCCGACAAAGAAAUACGCAGAUGUUAUCAUUCCAAGAGGAGCUGAUAAUAAUGUUGCUAUAAAUCUCAUAGUGCAACACAUCCAGGAUAUUCUAAAUGAUGGUUUGACCAAGCGGCUGAGCGGGUGGUUUAAUGGUUACGGAACAACGAAGAGUCAACCAAACAUGGAGUCCAGCAGUCGGCCUCACUGAGCACAGCGCUGUGCAGAGAGGAGGAAAAGUUUCACCUGCACGUGGCGAGUGUGCUCUUCAUUGUGGCCAACAACACAGGAGUUACUGCCAGGACACCAGAAGGCCUGCUUUUGAUAUGAUUCUGCUCGGAUUGAGGAAGGACAUCAUUUUCCCCUGGUGGUUCUGAUGUAAAGCAGUUGUAUUCAGUUUAGUUUGUCUCUUUACUUAUUCUAUGAGAUAUGAGGGAGAAAUCCACAGGGGCUCAUUUAUAAUUUAAUUUAAAACUGCCGCUUGCCUUUACCACUGCGCUGGAACAGAGACACUCAAGAAGCUGCUAUUGUGUCAAAAAAUAAAAAUCCUAGCACUUGACAGCCUUUAACCACACCAUAGAUGCGGUGUAGCAACAUGUUAAACGGCAGGGCCUUAGCUUAUCUCACUCAGUUAAAAGAUCACUGUGUGACCGGACUGAUUUUCUUUAUUGAUGCAACUUUUUUUUUUUUUUCAAAGCUCCAUUAUAAAGCAUAUUUUGACUUCUAGAUUUUGAACUUAUGUACUAAUAGGUAAAGGCUUCAGGUGUGUGUCAUGUGGCCCCCGAGCUGUACUUGUUUUGUCAUGUGUAAAAACGACUUAUUAGACAAAUUAAACAACCGGUUUGCACCUCAAGUCAUCUGAUGUGACAUCCUCUCCAAAGAUAAUUUUUCAUUCUGUCCUUGUGGACUAAUUGAUUUGUACCUGAAUGCAGUAUUGACGUCACUGUAACUCAUUUAUUAAGAUGUUGAUGUAACUCAGAACAGUUGAUUAAAUUGUUAUUGAAUUACAACAACAAAAAUAAUUCUUUGAUUUACUUACACUUGAAUCAGCAGAUGCAGGUUUGUUAGUAGAAUUCAAAUGAAGAUGCAUUCAGCUGUAAGUACAAGACACCCAGUGUUUGUGUUCUGUAAAUGUUCUUCAAUGGCUUUCUCCUGUAUACAUAUUUCUAAUGAUAAAGUUUUCAGGUACUCUUUAUUUGCUUGAGUUGACAUGU